CCAAGAGCCACUACUCCAUCAUCUGCAGCCAGAAUGUCCGGCAUGACCCCCCGCAAUCGGCUUGCAAUGUCUCAAGCACAAAGCGAUGCAUAUGUUUUUCCGCAUUGGGCAGGUCUCAUUGUGCCUGAUGCGGUCGAUAAUGCGGUACCUACUUAAGACUUCGUCUCUCAUUGCUAGAUUGCUAGACUCGCAUGUCCUCUUGUUGUGUGCUAUCGACCUAGCAGUGUCGCGAAGCCUCAUCACCUACCGCCAUAUUUUCCUGUUCCAUCAUGCCUAUCUUCGACUCUUUCAAAUACUUCUGGGAUGGCGACUGGCUUGAUGCGAUCCCUCAAAAGCUCGGAUGUGCGGCUAAGCCAACGAUUAUUGAAAGGGAGCCUUUUGCAAUACCGCAACGUGCAGAGCGAGCGCAUGGCAUCCACAAAGUCCCACGGCGCGUCCGCAGACAUACGACGGCUGUCAGCACUGAUGAACCAGCAGCCAGGAAAACUUCUGGCAAGCGUUCACCCUCGUUGGCUGGCUCUGGAGCAUCUCUACCACGUGAAAAGGUCCCAACCUCAAAAGGAAAGCCUGUUAAGCUAGGGACUCUGCGAAAGAAGGACGGCAGCGCUGUUAUGACUGGCAAGACCGUCAAUCCCGACGGUGUUGUGGCAGGUCGAAUCUUGAAACACUUCCUCCGUACUCACAGAUCAUGUCGUUCCCAGGGCUUCCGGAGUCGGGGUCAAUCGUGCUGGAAAAACGCGGCUCUGCAAGGCCUACUACAUGUUCCAAUAGUGUAUCAUUUCCUUGGCAAUAUCCACCGCGACUGUGACCAAAGUAUCAGGCGCUGCGUGACUUGCGCUCUGCAAGACUUGUUUCAGCGAUACUGGAGGCUCGGAGGCGGCAAGGGAGAGACCAAGGUGAUCAGCCAUGCUGACCUAGAUGCUGCCAUACUCAAGAACAUUCCCAAGACACCUAUCAACGACAAAGGGGACUUGCACGAUUUGGUCGGUUGGCACAAUGAUGUACAGGAUGACGCCUGGUUAUACAUCGAUAAGCUGCUCGAUCUCGUCCUUGGUGCAGGUGACGAACGUGAUGUCGCGUGUCUGAAGCAAGUAUUCGAAAUGAAGCGCAAAUCUACUUGGACAUGUGUGGACUGCGGCGAAGCUCAUGAUUCUUCCAGCGAUAGCGAAGAUGAGUGCGGCUUCAGCUUGACAGUACCACUGAACAUGCCUCGGGGCGAUCGAGAGUGGAUGACGUUCAUGGAUCGGUUGCACGAAAAUGUAUUCACCGACGAGGGUGUGCAAGCGAGAUGCAUGAGUGAUGCCUGUAAAGCUGCCAGGAAGGCUGUGAUUAUGUCUGGAAAGAACGAAGAAGAGUUGCCCCUGCAGACGAAGCAUUACACGAUCACCCAAGCACCCGAGGUCUUGAUCGUGUUGCAGAAGAGAUUCGCCAUGUCCGAGGGCGACGAUGGGCUGCCCAAGCUUAAAAAUGGUAGAGCGAUUGUAGAAAAACUCAAGGAGGAGACGUGGUACGAAGAGUAUCUGAACCUCGGACGCUACACCGAAGACGAGAAAGACCUCCUCUACCGCCUGGAUGCCGUCGUAGCACAUCGCGGGGACCGCGUCAGCAGUGGCCAUUACAUUGCGACGGUCAGAGAAGCGAAUGGUGUGGAUUUUGCCAUUAUCAAUGAUUCUGUCGUCCAGGGGGAACAAAACAGUAAUGUGGUGAAAUACCCGCAAUCGAAUGGGGAUCAAUUUGAGCCGUAUGUCAUGUUCUAUAGUAAAAUGUAG